AUGUUCAGGCCAAUUGGGAUUUUCGGAAACAAAGAUGAUGGGGUUUAUCCUCCGCAUCUCACCUACAGUUGCUCUAUAGUACUCGAAAAACAAUCGAUGGUCGUUGUGAGCCCGUCACCGAAUGCCAAAACGUUGGAGUUCGCGAUCUCGUUUCGUGUACGCCAAUGGGUCGAUGAGAAUAAAAGAGUUCUUGUCGUGCCAUUUUACGAGCCAAACGAUGACUUCACGCCAUUGUGGUUGAUCCCAGAAAACACGAUAGCGACAAUUGUCAACAAUCCUGCAAUUGACACAAGGUCUGACAGCCCACCAUUUAUAGCAAGUACUUCUGUGGCAAGCAUUGUGCCAAAAGAACACGUUUGCACAUUUGGACUUUUGGUGCGACAAGAGGACGUACCAUUUUUUACAUUCAACCCCACAGUACCAGUGGCGCUUAGUUCUAUCAACUACCCGUGGGUGUUUGAUGAUCCAAAUGAAUGGAAUGGGGACAAUAAAUGGAAUUUGGAGACUAAACUUCCACACACUGGCACUGUCGCUGAGCUGAUAGUUGUCGAAGGGGGCAAUAUAACCGUAUGGGUUUUCAACUGCCGUUCCAGCAACAGAAAUGUUCCAUCGUUCAUAAUCAGUAUUUCUGAGAAGACAACCACCUGGAACUCGACAUGUUUUUCGAUACUUUGGAGCCCGGAGAAAUCUCAUGGAAAUCGUUUUGGUUUUUGGAUAAAAAUAAGCGCUUCACUGCCGAAAGAGCUCGACGAUGACUUCUGUUAUUUGCGAUAUGAGUUGAGUGAUGAGGAGCCAAUACUUGUUUUUCAUGGAGACUCGAUUUACAAUUACAUAUCAUCCUCAAUAAAUGAUUUUUAUGGAUACCUUUGUAUCGAUAGCGAUUGUGAUGAGGGGAAUGAUUGCGAAAUUGUCGUUGAGAUUGUAAUUCAUUGUCCAAUUGACGAAAUAGGAAAUUGUACUGAGGUCUCACCAUUGCAGAUUAACGGCGAAUAUUCGAAACUCAACUGCACGAACACG